UUCAAGACUCUCAGUCAAUGGAAGAGAAAUGAUUCAACGUGAAUGAAACAAUCUCUGAAUGAGCUCCAUGCAUUUACUUAAAUCCUCAAAGAGAAUCAGUUUUAAUCUUGUUCUAUCGUAAUUAUAUCUCACCAAAUCUCACCAAAUUGUUCCUCAAAAAGCAAAUUAAUCAACUAAAUUUCUCUCUUACUGUAUGUGUCCAACAAUCUCUAUUCUUAAAACGGUUUUGCUCUUCCAAGUGAUUUACGAUUGUUAAUCAAACAAUUUCCUUCUUGUUCCAUUAAUUUUUGCUCUUCUUUUUCUAUUUAUCCUGCUACUGGAUUAGAAUUUACUACACAAGGUGAUUCAGGGUUAACUCCGUUAUGAGAUAUGUAUGCUUUACCCAAAGGUAAUACUAAAGAGAUAUUAGCAAAGACACGACGAGGAAUCUCUCAGAAAUAUGAAUCCUUUGGAAAUCAGAAAGUAUCUAAGAAUAAACGUGAUUCAGAUCAUCUUCCUGUUAAUGAGAUAAGUAGCACUUGUAAACCGAUUUUCCAUAAUAAUAGAACUAAGAAAAUAUGUAUCUCCAAAGAUGUCGAAGAAAUUACUCCGCAGCAUCUCGAGAUGAUUAAAUACGUUCGUGAAGGUUGGCUUAUUGUAUUGAGAGACUUUGAAAAUAGCAAUAAAACUAAUUGCAGCAAUAACGAUAUGGCAACAAAUGGAACCAAUAAUUACACUUCAAAUCAGAAUCAAAACCAAUCGACACCGAAAGUUUCUUACUACAAAAAUAGAAGUGCCUCUGUACCCAAAUUUGAACCUUUUGAUCUUGAAACAUUCUGGGGUCAAAGGUUGUACCAAAAUCUGACCAGAUCUACAUGAUGAAACAGAAAUGUAGUGACUAGUAUUUAAUAGAAAGUGUUAAAACUUUCAUCAUCAUGACCAGUUCUUUUUUCGUAGCAGAAUUAAAAGUAAAUUACAAAUAGCGUCUUGAUCGACGAUCGGAGAUUAACAAGAAUUUUGUGUGUGGCACAAUUUGACGGUUUCGAAAUACGAUAAAACAACAAGACUAAUUUAUCAUCACAAAACAGUUUUAUAUUAAUUAAACUGUGUCUCUAAUCAACUUAUAAAAAAAACAAACAAACAAUUUACAUGGAAAAGUAAACGCUCUCAGCGAUUUUGAGAGAUAAACAUUAUUAUCACCACGAUGCAAUGAUUGAAAUCACGAAAACAAAUGGAAUUGAAUCAACAAUUUAGCCUUUUUAAAUAUUCUAUUAUAUAACUCGACGAAAAGCCUUCACUUCGCAUGGCCAAGCUCACUUAUUUAUGUACUUUUUUUUGGAUCAAACAAAAGAAAACACCAACAAUUAACCCACUUUAUCAUGAGUAUAUCGAAAUUUGGACGGAUGUUUGGUAAAUAUCGAAGCCAAUGGAACAGUUUUCAUUUUCAUCUUUAUCAAAUUUAUUAAUCAUUAUCAAUGUUCCCGAGAUAAUCAAACACAAACUCCGGCGAUAAUCAUGAUAAACAACAUGAAAAAUGGGAAAAAGCUCAAGGUACAAUCUUUUGAUUGGAAGAGGAUAAUCAAAGAUUUUUUCUCACAAAAAAAUCAUCAAGCAAGAAAAGGAUGGAAUCAUUUUAUCAACAUGGUUCGAAACUUCAGCACAAAUCGAAUGGUUCAAUAUUUGGACUGAUUGCAAUCAACUAAUCACAAAGCACAUAAAUGCAAAUUCUAGUACAGUAGUGUGUCUACAAUUAACGAAAUUAUAUUUUUCAUAGUCGCCAUCUAGUGUUCCUUCAUUAAUUAGAUACAAUUUUGUUUGGUUAAUUUGACACUCGGAGAAACAAUCGAUCUAAUUGUUGAUAAUUAUUCCUCUGGUGAAACAAUUAACUUGAAGCUCGUUAAAAAGUCAAGUGUCAGUGAUCAAUUGUAGAUGAGACAUGAUUUACUUGAACAUGAAUAAAUUAACUUAUUUAAUUUA